GCCCGCCGGCCGGGACCAGGCCGCGCCGGACGGACCGGGAAUCGCCUCCCGCGGCUCCAUCCCGGAGCGUCGCGGCCCGCAUGGAUCCUCACGAGGCCGUGGUGAAGAACCCGUACGCCAGCGUGGUCAUCCCCCGGGCCCACCUGCGCCCCGACCUGGGGCAAGCCGAGGCUCGGCCCUCCGAGCCCAAGGGGGGACCCCCGGCCCAAGAGGCCUGGUGCCAGGCGGGCAACCCCUACGCCAGCCUCCAGCGGCCCGCCGGUUGCCCGGAGCCCCGGCCCGCCGCCUUCCCGCUGCAGGGGCCCGGGGACGACAUCGCCCACAACUGCUGCUGUUGCCCCUGCUGCUCCUGCUGCCACUGCCCGCCCUGUUGUCGUUGCCACCAACGCUGCUGUUGUGUCGUCUCCUAAGCUCCCCGGGCGCUCGGGACUCGGGGGUGGCCGGGAUGAUCUCCCUCCGGGCCUCGGCUUCCUGGGCCGGGCCGUUGGGGCAGAAGAAUCUCUAGAUGUUGCCAACUUGGACUUCCCAAGCGCUUAGUACAGUGCUGUGCACACA